GAAUCCGGUAAGUACUUAUUUGCAUUUAUUUUUACGACUAGAUUGCCGAACAGCUUGCUUUUAAUUUUUUUACUUUAAUAUCCACCGCAAUGUCAAGUUCAAGUAAUGAAAAAUUAUGCUUUCAUAAUUUUUAAUAAAUAAUAAGAUUUAGACACGUACUCAAUCUGUUCAUGUCGACAAUAAGUUCUGUAUACAGUUAAUUUUACAUACUGAACGUCAUGUCAAAACAAAAUUAAAUGAUUCCAGUAAAAUUGUAAUUUCUAAGACCAAAGACCAAAGUGUUUCACAAAUUAACCUCAACUUACAGAUUUAUUAAACAUGGCUGACGAAGUGAGUAGACCAAUGAAAUACCCUUACACCCUCUCAGCCAAAAUUGCGCAGUUCCCAUACAAACAUUACUACAAGCACAGUUGGGCUUUCAAGUACUUCCUUUACUCGACUAUCAUCUGCUUACCAAUCUUCUACAAAAUUCAAAAGAUGUCGUAUUCUCCAGAGAACGUCAAGAAAUGGGAUGAGAUUCAUAGAAAAGAAUUCUCUGGCGCCGACCAUCAUUAAUUGUAUAUUUCCUGAAGUUCUAGUACAAUAAUGAUCCUAAAUAGAAUCAUGUUAAAAACAUCAACUUGAGAAAUGUAAUUGUCUUUAAAUUAAAAUAAAAUUGCUAUUGUCUCGGGAGUGAUAAUAAAGGAUCAAGAUCUGUUGAUUUUGAAAGUG